UAAGGAAGCAAGAGAGAGAUGAGGGGGAGAAAAACAAACAAACUAAAAUAAAACGUGUAACAGCCACCGUGGUCCGGCGAGGUGGUGUGAGUUGGUUAGUGUUGACAGGACCGUGUGGAAAGUGCGUCGCUGGAGACGGGUGGAGGGGAGCAGCGCCAUUUUGCGGCCCGGCGGCGGGAGGAGGAGGAGGAGCGGCAGCGGCGGACGAUGGCCCAGGCCCAGGCCCAGGCUCAGGCCCAGGCGCGGGCACACGCCUUCCCGAGCCACCGCAAGCGCAAACAGGAGGAAGGCGCUGCGGGCACGGGCACAGGGGCCGGGACGGGUACGGGGAGCGGGGCCGAGCUGCUGGUCUUCGGCUACGCCUGCAAGCUGUUCCGGGAGGACGACCGGGCCCGCUUUCUGGAUCAGGGCCGCCACCUCAUCCCGUGGAUGGGAGACCCGGGGCUGCUGAUCGACAGGUACGACUGCCGGGGUCACUUACACGACCUCUCAGAAUGCGAUGCUGAGUACACUUGGAACAGAGAUUAUCAGUUGUCGGAGGAAGAGGCGAGGAUUGACGCCCUUUGCGAUGAGGAGAGGUAUUUAGCCUUGCAUACGGACUUGCUUGAGGAGGAGGCAAGGCAAGAGGAGGAAUACAGGCGUCUGAGUGAGGCCUUAGCAGAGGAUGGCAUCUAUAAUGCAGUUGGAUUUGCUUAUAACAGUGAUUACUACGAUCCAUCACAGCCAACGGAAGAGGAGGAACUUGCUAAAACAGAUGCCGAGAAUGAUCAUACAGAAGAGAACGAGGAGCCGUACACAGCUCCUGCUGGGCUGCUUGUCCCUUCUGAUGUGGAAGUUCCUGGAACGUCAAAAAUGCAUGCCAUUAUUGAACGCACAGCAAAGUUUGUAUGUAAGCAGGGAACACCGUUUGAAAUCAUGCUGAAAGCUAAGCAAGCCCGGAAUUCUCAGUUUGACUUUCUACGCUUCGAUCACUACCUGAAUCCGUACUAUAAGUACAUCCUCAAGACCAUGAAGGAAGGGAAAUAUGUUGCACAGACCGAAAAAAAAGUGGAGGAAAAACGGAAAUCUGUAACAGAAUCUGGUGAAGAAGAUGAUGAUGACAACGAUGGCUCUUACCUCCAUCCGAGUCUUUUUGCUUCCAAAAGUAACUCCAGAUUGGAAGAGUUAACAAAGCCUCUGAAAGUCAUGGAUCCGGACCAUCCGCUUGCAGCUUUGGUUCGGAAGGUACAAGCAGAUGCCAAAAAUGAGCAGAAGCAGCAGGAAUCUAACAGCUCCGAGACGGUAGCGACUGUAGAAGGCACUUCAGAUUCGUCAGUGACAACCAUGUAUUAUGGAUAUUAUAUGAUGCCCGAUGGUACAUAUUGCCUCACACCACCACCGCCCGGAAUGGAUGCUACUGCUUAUUAUAGCAGCUUACCUUCAGAGAUGGCCACACCAACUACAACAGGGGCGUCAGCAACUUCAGCAUCUGGAACCACACCUCCACCACCUCCAGAAGGGGAGAGCAAUAAUAGUCAGGGCAGCUCUACUACCACCACAAUCAGUGCUGCAGCUGUGGUUCCAGUUAUUAUCCCUCCUCCCCCUGACAUCCAACCAGUUAUCGACAAACUGGCAGAGUACGUCGCUAGGAAUGGAACAAAGUUCGAAUCUAGCGUCAGAGACAAGAAUGAUACAAGGUUUGAGUUUCUGCAGCCCUGGCAUCAGUACAAUGCUUACUAUGAGUUCAAAAAGCAGUACUUCUCUCAGAAAGAAGGCUACAGUAUCCAGCAGGAGGCUCCAGCACAAAGUACAGUUGCCUUGUGCUCUGAAAACAGUACUUCAGAGGCCAUGCAAUUUGAGGUUCAGCAGGAAGGAACGAGUGUCUCCACUGCAAUGAUCACACAAUCAGACUGUGCCAGUUCUGCAGAUAAAUCUGUUAAUGAUGGAAAACUAAUAAAAGCAUCUUUCGCGCCGAUAAGUUUUGCGAUUAAGGCAAAAGAAAAUGAUAUGCUCCCGCUGGAGAAAAAGCGAGUUAAACUGGAUGAUGAUAGUGAUGAAGACCAAGACAUACAGGAAGCUGUCAACAAUGAAGCCAGCAAAGAUAUCCCUCCCUCCCUCCCUCCUGAGGAAAAGAAACCUCAACUUACAGCAGAGGAAAUAGAGGCAAAACAAGCUAAACAGAAACUGGAGGACAGACUGGCAGCAGCUGCAAGGGAGAAGCUCGCACAGGCUUCAAAAGAAUGCAAGGAGAGGCAGCUGCAGGCGGAACGCAAAAAGAAAGCUGCACUUUUCUUGCAAACCUUGAAAACACCCAUGCCUUCUGGAGAAAUGGAAACUGCAGCCACUGAAGAAACCUCCCAGAGCAUACAGGUCACUAGUGAAAUUUCUUACAACAUUGCUCCAGCUACUGAAGUGAAAAUGUCUCGUCACAUCUCAGUGAAAAGCGAAAGGAUUUCAAAGGAGAAAGAAAAAGAGAAGAAGAAAGAGAAGAAGCACAGAAAGAGGUCCCGGUCAAGAUCUCGGUCACGUCCCAGAUAUCGCCUGAAAUCAAGAUCCAGAUCAAGAUCUAGAUCAAGGUCAAGGUCGCGGUCAAAAGCAAAGCAUUCGCUGCCCAGUGCCUACAGAAGUGUUCGACAUUCGAGAUCAAGGUCGCCUCAUGGGAGAAGAGUUCAGUCAUCAGAAAGACGGCGCGAAGAGAGAGAGAGAGACCGGAAUGUUCCCACAGCCUAUCGUGUUGGUAAUAGCUCCGAAAUAGGUGGCAGAAAACGAUCACGGUCUCCAUAUGAAAAGAAGAAGAAAAAAAGUUCAAAAUCUCACCCCAAGUUAAAAGAAAAACCUUUACGUUCACGCUCACGGUCUUUAUCACCAAAAAAGUCGAGUAUGAAGUCUUCAGCGAGAAGUUCAGCGCACUCUACUAGCUUGUCACCAGCAGAAAGCAGAGAUUCCAGUCAGGAUCAUUCAAGGGGUGGCUCACAGGAAAAAGAUGAAACAGCAUCUCCAGAACUUCUGUCAACAGUGCAGAGCAAAAUAACUCAGGAUCUAAUGGCCAAGGUGAGAGCAAUGCUGGCUGCUUCAAAGGAUGUAUAAACCGAUCUUUCCUGGAGGAACAGCUAUCAGUGCGCCCUGCAGCACCACAAAGAUCCGAAGUAGCUUCCCGCAAAGUUUCAACUGCCUCGUUGCAAAAGAACUAAUUGAUUUAGACAAUUUGGGCAGUAUUUCCACUUUGGCACAAACUUUUGUACGGCUCCUUUUGAUAAGUACAGUUUGAACCAAGAUCUUAUUCUGUUCUGUUGCCGUUUCACAGUUUCCCCUCUCCUGUUCUUGAACACAACGAUAAUGUGCUUUAAGGCGUCGGAAGCCCACUGUGUCUCUGAAAGCACGGGGCUGCCCUUUGAGCAUUAAGAUCUAGCUGCCUCUGGUCACUUGUGAGAACCAGACAGGAGCUCAGUGUGUCCUUCUGUGAAGGAGUUCUACUAUUUGAUUUCUCAAUGAGGUUACAUCCCACUUUGCACAUUUAAGGGAGGUCAGAAGGCAUAAAUCUUGGAUGACAGAUGUCUGGGGUUUUAAACUUGGAGCAAUUUGUACAGGCAAGUCUACGAAGACCAGUGGAAGUACAGCAGAACGUAGUAUCCGCAUUACUUAUGACGUAUUGUGUAUCAACUAUCUUGAGAAAACUUUGCAUUUAUUUAAACACCAUCUAUAAAUUUACUUUGAUCUCCUGCCCUGAAAAUUGAGGGGAAUUGGCUCUGGUAACGUUUUCAACUACAGACGCAAAAAACAUGAUUGAAAUAUUAAAGAUAAUUUAUUUGUUUAAAAUGGUGGUUAAAGACUGAUGUGUGGGGCAAAGUGGAGUGAAAAUACGCGAAUGUUUCAUCAUUUGGAAAGGUCGUUCUAAAGUUCUUGUUGAACUGAUAUGCCAUGUUUAGGAUUAGCUGUUCUAACACAGCUGAUCAUAGUGGAGUUCACAAAUUUUGCACACAGUUCAAUGGCUCCAUUUAAUGUCAGGGAAUGUAUACAGUACACAACCUGAAAUUGUGACUCUCUGCAGACAUCCACAAAACAAAAGAAAACCCUAAUGACUGAACACCAGGAAAACGUUGGAACCCCAGACACACACAAGCAGCAGCAGCAAAAGAAUUAACCCUUCCCCUCCUCACUCGUUCCAGCAGGAAGCAUCAGCUCCCACACCCUGCCCCCCGCCCAACUCACCCACCAUGCAAGCAAUAGCAAAACCCUGAAGAGACCAUGAUCUAGAAUCCCAUCAAAAGCUACAGUCCAUGAUCCAGCACUAUGACAUGCCACAGGCUCGCUCCCUCUCCCUCUCCUCCUCCUCCCUCCUCUCCCUCUCCCCCUUCCCCCUCCCCCCUCCCUCUCUCCCUGUCUGUCUCCCACUAAUAAGAUUAAGGGAGGUAUCACCCUUCCACAGUGAGAGGGGAGACCAACAGAUCGCUGUUUUGAUGUUACUUUCUGCAGUAUUGCUUAUUCGAGCUCACCCAACUCAA